AUGCAAACACGUUCAACAUUAGAUACAAGUUCAAAGAAUUUAUUUACAAAUAUUGAACGGUUAGGUACACGUGAUUUAUUAUCCUAUGAACAACUUUCAUAUGAUACUAUAUUAACAUCAAUUCAAAUUGGUCAAUAUCCUAAAAAUGAUAUAUGGCGUUUAUAUGAAAUACGUGCACGUAUUUAUACAUUAUUACAACUACCAAAUGAAAAUACAAAUUCAUUAAAUAAUGAACAUGUGAAUGAAGAACAAGAAAUGAUUGAUAGUUCAUCAGAUAAUAUUCUUAUUGUACUUAUUGCAGAAUUAUAUGAACAUACUAAACAAUCAUCAACAUUACCAUAUGAAGCUUUACUUUUAUUACGUCCUUUAUCAUUAUUACUUGCACACAUUAGUUUAUCGGAUCGUUUAAUGAAUAAAAUGUUUUUGCUUUUUUUUCGUGCUUUAAUUAAUGUACGUUAUUCAGCUGUAGUUAAUGAAUGGACUUUAUUAUCAAUGACAAAUAUUGCACAAAGAAAAUCAAUAGGUAUGGCUAUAUGGGGGUUAACUUGUCUUACGUUAAGUGCAUGUCUAUCACAUAGAAUUGCUGAUGCAUUGUUUUCAUUGAUGUUAUCACGUUUCAGUGAUCAUUUUGAAGAAUUAGACAAUCGUUUAUUUCUCAUUGCUGGUCGAGAAUAUUAUCUGCAGAUAUUAUAA